CUCCAGGAGUUGCUGAGGUGACGUUUGUGGAAAAGGAGCCAGCUGAACGCCACACAAUCAUUUCAUGGGAGCAAAAAAAAACUCCUGCAUAUUGCCAGAGGAUUUAAAGAACUUCUAUCUGAUGACCGAUGGCUUCCAGAUGACCUGGAGUGUGAAGACUGAUGAUACCCCAAUGCCUCUGGGCUCCAUGGUGAUUAAUAGUGUUUCAAAGCUAUGUCGGCUUGGGGGUUCCUCUAUGUACACUCUGCCUAAUGCACCAACUCUCGCUGACCUGGAAGAUGACACAGACGAGGAAGGUAAUGGAGACAAACCAGAGAAGCCACACUUUGAUUCUCGUAGUCUUAUCUUUGAAUUAGACCCAUGCAAUGGGAAUGGCAAAGUUUGUCUUGUUUAUAAGCACGCUAAACCAGUUGUCUCCCCAGACACAGAGAUAUGGUUCCUGGACAGAGCUCUGUAUUGGCAUUUCCUCACCAAAACCUUCACAGCCUACUACCGCCUGCUCAUUACCCAUCUGGGUCUCCCACAGUGGCAGUACACCUUCACCAGCUAUGGGGUCAGUCCCCAGGCCAAGCAAUGGUUUAACAUGUAUAAACCCAUAACCAUCAACACAGCUCUCCUCUCUGAAGAAGCUGAUUCCUUUGUGAACAAGCUGGACCCUAAUAAGGUAUUUAAAAGCAAGAACAAAACUCCAGUGAUCAAAAAGAAACCACCCUCCCAGCCAGCAGGCUCCCAAAAGAGUCACAUGAGCAUGACCUCCUCCAAGACAUCCUCACUAGCUGGGAAUUCUUCAAGGAAGUAAGACCCCCAGACCUGAUCCCGGACAGCAUUUGCAAUAAGCUUUGAUGUUCUCUGAUGCAGAGUCUCAGUGGUUCAGACCAAGUUCCUUGUGCAUGAAUAGAUGUGCCCAUGGAAAACACAUUGCUGCAUUUGCAUGAAAUAUAGCCACGAUGUACUUUGACAUGGCAGGGAUGUAGUUCCUGGAGACUCUGAGAAAAAAACUUGAGACAUUGAUUUUAUUCCCUUCUGCUAUUUGCAGCAUGUACUUUUCAGAGGGCGUGAAGAAGCCCUUGAUGUCACUGCUCUAUAGGGAAGCUUUUGUUCCUGUGCAACUACAGCAGUGAAAUGAAAGCAAAUGUAAGUCACUAUUACUUUAAUAGACCCAUGCUGAAAUACAGCAUAUGAAGCUAUUUCUGCCAUCUCCUUUGAAAGAAACCUGUCCUGACCUUGCAUGCUAUGGGAGCAGGCUGGAAAGCACUGAACAAAGAAAUAUCUUCUGCUUCAGACAGAAUCAAACUCCGCACCUCCCUGUGCUCAUUCCAACCUCUGCUCUGAGAUUCAUGGUACAAAGGGACCUGGGGCUUCACGUGUCUGCAUUGGCCUAGUCACUUGCUCUACAGCCCAGACCACUUUUUGGCCUUUGUGCCGUAUCUUUUUGGAGAGUGACAUCUGUGUGAUGCCCUUCCCAAUAAGCCUGAAGGCAGCCAGAAGCUGCAAGAUCCGUCAUUGCCUCUGCUUUCUCCUCUUGUGGAAACUGCUGAGCCAGGGCAGGUCAGUGGUGUUAAGAAUGCGUCCCAUAAGCCAGGAGGACCCCUUGGUUUGUCACACAGUCAUUUGCAAAGUUGACCAUUCAAACAGCCUUUGUCACUUUUCAACUGGGCAGGAUCUGACCAGGGGCCACUGAGAUCCUACAGCCUUAGAAGCCCUUGAUGCUGUUUUCUAUACUGUAAGUUUUCAGGUUAGAUCUGCACUUUAACCCAUCCACUGCUGGUUUUCAGUUACGUCUGAUUGUUUCCAUUACUUUUCUUUGCUAUUCUGUCUUCUUAGAUGUUCUGGAAACACAUGGUAGCAACCAACAUAUUUUGUGCCUAAGCAGGGAAAUCAAAGUCACCAUCUUCAAAUAAGCAUUGAUUAUUUAAACAGCAUCAUCUUUUAUUUAUGAAACAGUCACAUAAUUACAUAAGACAAACCUACCUCACAGGGAUGUUGUGAGGCUUUCACAAGUAUUUGUAUGGCCUUCAGGAAGAUGAAGCCACCCUGUAAGUGCUUAAUAGUAUUUUAAUAAAGAUUUGAAUAUUUUCCUCCAGAGUGAUUGGGUAUUGGAAGAUGCUUUUGGGAGCACAUGCACAAGGAUGUAUUGUAAGAGCAGGGUGCAGGCUGGAUUGUUUGGCUUUUUUUUUUUUUUAAUGCAGUGGAGAAUCUCUCACUGAGAAGUGAUGGGUUACAGUGUCUUUUAGCUAAUCCCAUCCUGAGCUACUCUGAAGUUCCCAGUUUAGUUCACAUAGACCAAAAGACUCAGCUGUGUGACACUUCUGCCCUGCGCUCACCGUUCAAAAUCUCUGCAGCCAUCAGCCCCAGCUCUGGCAUGCGUUGCUGGCUUCCAGCACUGCCCAGGUCCCACCCUCAAGUGCAGUUGCUGCAUUGGCUGGCAGCUGCUCUCUGUCACCCCCAAAUGAGAGAAAAUCCUCUAAUGCUCUUCAGCUCUCUUAAGCUGAUGUGCGUCUUGUGACUGGUGAAGAUCUGCUGUAGCUGCUCUACUAAUACAAGGUCAGCUCUAAUGAGGGAGCAGAGGCGUCAGUACCUACCACCCCACCCCAUGCCACAGUAAUACAUUAGUAAUCCUUUUAAUAGUGAGCUGUGAAUGAUCAUUAAAGCCAGUAAAUG